AUGGCUGAACCAAGCACAAGUCGGCUUAGUAUCCUGAUCGUCAAUCCAAAUACAUCCACGCACAUGACGGAUGCAUUGAAACCUAUUGUGGACAACCUUGGGUUUGCAGAUGUUCAAUUUGACUACUUGACGGCUCCGAAUGAGUCAGUCACCCUCGAAGAUGGACGUGUAAUAGAUGGCGUGCCGAGUAUCAACUCAGGCGAGGACUCUGCUACAUCGGCAUUGCACUGCAGACCCUUUGUGGAGCCUCUGAUUCCUAAAUACGAUGGGUUUCUCGUGGCAUGUUAUUCGGCUCAUCCCCUCGUUGGAAUGCUGAAGGAAGCCAUCACGAAAUUAGAAAGUUCGGCUGUGUCAGUGGACUCGAAACCGAAGAGAAAGUAUGUGACGGGUAUCUUUGAAGCGAGUGUCCUCAUGUCGCUAUCCUUGGUUGGCUCGUUUCACAUGAUUGGAGGCCCGGGGCUGCACAAAACACAAUCCAAGGAAAUGUUCGGAAUCAUUUCUACGGGCAGCAUCUGGCGGGAUGAGCUAAGCCGUGCUGUUGAAGCAUUCCUUGUGAACUCUGAUGACAAGACAACGUCGACCAAUCGUUUUGCUGGUGUAGAGACUACCGGUCUAACAGCGGUUGAACUGCAUACCACCCCCGCCGAGGAAGUGAGGAAAAGGAUCAGCGAGGCGACACGAAGGCUUAUCCAGACCGCUCCACACCCGCUCACGGCAAUCUGUAUGGGAUGUGCCGGUAUGGCCGGUAUGGAGGAAGCAGUGAGGGAUGGCUGUGUUGAAGCUUAUGGCCGGGAAGAGGGAAAUCGUGUGAGGAUCGUUGACGGUGUGGUUGCCGGUGCCGGGAUGCUUGUUACGGCUUUGGUCAAGCACAAAGAUGCCCAGGCCGGCCAAUGUGGCAACAAUGGUAUGGAAUCCCGCGAUAACACACCAGCCCCCCGGAACACCGUCAUAGCUGUGUCGAGACGACGAGACGGCAAACAGAUGAACACCCGGCCUCUGCGAUUCGGCAGCCAAUUCUGGCAACAGCUUUGCCAGGAGCACGGAAUAAGUCAAGAUGGGAACUUGGAGGAGUUUGCUACCGAGGGCGGUGAUCGCAAGGAUGUCUUCUUCUACCAGAGUGAUGAUACCCGGUAUAUUCCCCGAGCAAUCUUGCUGGACCUGGAACCCAGAGUCCUCAAUACGAUUCAAACCGGUCCCUAUCGAAACAUCUACAAUCCUGAAAACUUCUUCGUGGGACAACAGGGUGUUGGCGCAGGUAAUAACUGGGGUGCUGGGUAUUCUGCGGGUGAGAGUGUGCAAGAGGAUAUCUUCGACAUGAUUGACCGUGAGGCCGAUGGUAGUGAUUCGCUAGAGGGAUUCAUGUUUCUGCAUUCUAUUGCAGGAGGUACCGGGUCUGGAAUGGGAAGUUUCAUCUUGGAACGGAUGAACGAUCGAUUUCCUAAAAAGCUGAUUCAAACAUACUCCGUCUUUCCCGAUACUCAAGCGGCAGAUGUGGUGGUCAACCCGUACAACAGUAUACUUGCAAUGAGGAGGUUGACACAGAACGCUGACUCCGUGGUGGUUCUGGAUAACGGAGCUCUUUCAAGGAUCGUUGCCGACAGACUUCACGUGCUGCAGCCUUCGCUCCAGCAAACGAAUCAGCUUGUCUCAACUGUUAUGUCUGCAUCCACUACCACCCUCCGUUAUCCUGGUUACAUGCACAAUGACCUUGUCGGGAUCGUCGCUUCUCUUAUCCCUACGCCACGUAGUCACUUCUUGAUCACCUCCUACACACCAUUUACUGGUGACAAUAUUGAACAAGCCAAGACGGUCCGCAAGACGACCGUGCUGGACGUGAUGCGUCGUCUGUUGCAACCCAAAAACCGCAUGGUUUCAAUCAACCCCAGUAAAUCCAGCUGCUAUAUUAGCAUCCUCAACAUUAUCCAGGGUGAAGCCGAUCCCACCGACGUGCACAAGUCCCUGCUCCGUAUUCGCGAACGGCGACUGGCGUCUUUCAUUCCUUGGGGCCCAGCUAGUAUCCAGGUCGCACUGACGAAAAAGUCACCGUACAUUCAGAACACCCACCGUGUCAGCGGACUGAUGCUGGCGAACCACACCUCGGUGGCAACGUUGUUCAAGCGGAUCGUCCAGCAGUACGAUCGACUGCGGAAGCGAAACGCUUUCAUCGAGCAGUAUAGGAAGGAGGCCCCAUUCAGCGAUGGAUUUGGGGAGUUUGAUGAGGCCAGGGCUGUGGUCAUGGACCUCAUUGGAGAGUACGAGGCGGCAGAGAAGGAGACCUACCUUGACCCAGAUUCCGGGAAAGAGAAGGAGAUGGGGGUAUAA